UUAUUUCGACCUCCCAAUUUUUUUUCGAAGUUCAACAGAAAACUUGAGACAAGAAUCCCCAAAAAGGAGAAAAAAUUUAUCAUCAAUGGCCAAAGAUGAGUCAAUCUCCGUGUCAGAAGCCGUGCACAAGAUUCAACUUUACCUGCUCGACGGUAUCCAAGGAGAAAAACAACUCUUCUCCUCCAGUUCCUUAAUUUCCCGAAGCGACUACGAGGAUGUCGUGACCGAGAGGUCGAUUUCCAACGCCUGCGGUUACCCUAUCUGCCCAAACCCCUUACCUUCCGAACCCCGUCGAAGAGGCCGUUACCGAAUCUCAUUGAAAGAACAUAGAGUUUACGAUUUACAAGAAACCAGCAGGUUUUGCUCCCCCGAUUGCCUCAUCAAUAGUCGAGCUUUCGCUGGGAGUUUACAGGAAGAGAGGUGUUCCGUUUUGAAUCAUGCGAAACUUAAUGCGAUUUUGAGUUUGUUUGAGGACGUGGAUUUGGGCGACAAGGGUUUGGGGAAGAAUGGGGAUUUAGGGUUUUACAAUUUGAGGAUUAAAGAGAAUGAGGAAACAAAGGCCCGGGAAGUUUCAUUGGUGGGUCCUUCCAAUGCUAUUGAAGGCUAUGUCCCACAAAGAGAAUUGGUUUCUAAGCCCUCACCUUUAAAGAGCAGCAAAAAUGGAGCGUUUGAUUCGAGUAGUUCCAAGAUUGGUAAUAGCAUAGGAGAUUCAUUUUUUAGUAAUGGGAUAGAGUUCACUAGUACUAUAAUUAUGAACAAUGAAUAUACAGUUUCUAAGAAUCCUGGUAUUCAGGGUCAAAGAACAAAGCGUAGUAGCAUGAAAGAUGCUAUUAAUGAGAUGAAGUUUACUAGUGAAAUAUUCAUGAAUGAUGAAUAUACUGUUUCCAAGCCCCCCCCAGGGUCAAGACAUGCCUGUUCAGGUUUAAAAUUAAAAGAAGUAGAACAAGGAGGAGUUUGUAAAGACUUUGAGGAAAAGUGUAUGAUAUCGGAAUCCUCAUCUCCUUUAAGGGAAAAAGAUUCUAACAUUGUAGAACUGUCUUCAACUAGUUGUGUCUAUCAGAGUGAUUUGGGCACAAUUGGUACUGAAGCAGAGAAAGAAACCCGUGCUGACAAGGCUGUGGCAUCAAGUGAGGUUCUGCUUAAGUCCUCCCUUAAAUCUGCUGGAGGAAAGAAACUUAAUCGCUCAGUUACUUGGGCUGAAGAUAAAAAUGUUGGCAAUCCUCAGAAAGAUAAUCUUUGUGAAGUUAAAGAAAUGGAUACUCAGAAAGGAGAUUCUGAAAUGUGUGGAAGUGCAGAAGAUGGUGAUGAUGAUAAAAUGUUACGGUUUGCAUCCGCAGAAGCUUGUGCUAUGGCAUUGAGCAAGGCAGCUGCAGCUGUGGCAUCUGGAGAUUCUGGUGUCAAUGACGCUGUUUCUGAAGCUGGACUUAUCAUGCCAUAUCCAAUUGAGGCGGACAAGGAGGAGCGAGGGAAGAAUGUUGUUACACUUGUACCGGAAGUAGAAUCUGAACUAGAAGAAGCCUCUGUAAAGUGGCCAGCAAAACCUGGGAUUCCACGCUCUGAUUUUUUUGACCCAGAAGACUCUUGGUUUGAUGCUCCACCAGAGGGUUUCAGUUUAACCCUGUCAACUUUUGCAACAAUGUGGAAUGCGCUUUUUGAAUGGAUAACAUCAUCUUCUUUGGCUUAUAUAUAUGGGAGAGAUGAAACUUUCCAUGAAGAGUACCUCUCAGUUAAUGGGAGGGAGUAUCCACAUAAGAUUGUCUUGCGAGAUGGUCGUUCUUUUGAAAUUAAAGAAACUCUUGCGGGUUGUAUUUCUCGUGUUUUGCCUGCUAUUGUAACUGCUCUUAGACUGCCUAUACCAAUAUCUACUUUGGAGCAAGGAAUGGGGCGCCUGCUAGAAACAAUGUCAUUUGUGGAAGCUCUUCCGGCAUUCAGAAUGAAACAGUGGCAAGUAAUUGUUCUUCUGUUUAUUGAUGCUCUUUCUGUAUGUAGAAUACCUGCCCUCACUCCUCACAUGACUAAUGGGAGGAUGCUUCUUCACAAGGUGCUGGAUGGUGCUCAUAUUAGUAUGGAAGAAUACGAGGUUAUGAAAGAUCUCAUAAUUCCACUUGGCCGAGCACCUCACUUCUCUUCUCAGAGUGGUGCUUGACGUUCGAUUGAAGUCAGUUCUUGGUACAUAUGCCUUAUUUUUUUUCCUGGAAGUUAUCUGAAAUUAUUCCAUUUAAAUAUUCAAUUGGAUGAAUAUAAUAAUUCGUGUUCAUGGUGGAAAUUCCGUUUUUCCCUUUAGAAGUUGCAAAAUCUCAUGAUCUACAAUCAACUCAUUCAUGGGUGCACAUGUGUACAUCGCAAAGCAUUAAUCAGUUUCAUUUGCCAAUGUGAUGGAGUACUGGAUAUAUGUGUUGAUGGACUGAAUUAUAUAGUAUAUUUUAUUUAAUAUUGAAUGGGCUCCUUUGUAACUGUUAAAUAUAUUUAGGCUAAUUAUUUUACAUGUUUUUCCGGGGUUUGCUUGGAGUGAAAGAACCAUGUGUGCUAACAAAUUUGGCUGGCAUUGUGAAGCUUAAACGGGAACUUUCACUUGAGUUUGGCUGGAAUGGAUACAAAGCCUCAUUACCGGUUCAGGCUGAUGAUUGUUGAAAUUUAAUUGAAUGGCGACACGCGUGUUUGUUUGUUGAGAAUGUUGCGUAUAAUUCCACCUUGGUUUUUGAAGAUUAAUAGAUGCUGUUAUGGUAUUGGGACGCAAUAUGUAAAGCUUAUGUUAAGUAAGGUUUAGAUUUGAUAGUUCUAGAAUUUUUAUAUUUA